AUGCGUAUCGUUAUUAUCCAUGCUAGGUUUCGGGAGGCCGCACAGUCUGGUUUGUUUGGGUUGCUAGGUGAUGCGACCGUACAAAUUGUCUCUGUGUCCGACGAGGAGAGACUCGAUGCUUUUUACGCCUUCGGGGAGGAACAUGAUCGCCAAAAUUCUUCUGUUGAGGGGGAGGGGCUUGAGCGUGUUUCCUGGGAAGUCUUUGAGCAGGAACUGAAAGACGACAUUCUCUUCGCAAUGGGAUCCAAAAAGUUAUUAUCCGAAACGUAUCCAGCCAUCAUGUUCCGUCUUUGCAUAUGGAGGUGUACUCAGCCCGUCAAAGAGCGCCUAUAA